AUGUCCAAGGGAUUGCAGUCGGAUCUGGAGCUGGACGAAGCAAGCGCAAAGGCUGAGGCCGAAGGACGAAAACCCCAGGAGCACAUACAGCCCACAGACUGGACCCAGAGGAAGGCGAACGAAGUCCUACAGAAUAAAGACAAUCAGUCCAACGAGAGAAAUCAAGUAAACGGCAAGCCGGUCACCACCCAGUAUUUCUCUUCCAGUCCCAGCCUCCCAGACUGCCAUGAGAAGGUCACACACCUCGAGGGAAAAUGCGCAAACUUGCAGCAUAAUUACGCGGACUUGGCCGCGCAGCAGAAACGCAUGCAGUGGGCGCUGACUAUUAUCUCGGCGCUGCCAAUCGAGUUCGUCGAUAAACAACAACAGUUACCUGUGAAGGCCGCUAUCGCCAACUAUAUGGGCGACGGAGUUUCUAUUAUUGGCCUUGUAAUAAGAUGGGGGUUUAGGAAUUUGAAUCUAGAUAGUGAUAGUACUAUUAAAGUCUUCGAAGGACAGACCGAAGUUGGCGAUGUCGCAUCCGCAGACUCGAGAGAGGACAAACUGUUCGCCGUAGCCGGCCCCGGCGCCGGGGUCUUCAGAGGAUGGGAGUUGUACUGUGUGACGGCCUUGUUUCAAAAAGAGAAUGACGCCAGGAGAGCUGUCGAGGUUCUCAAUCAGUCACCUCGACCAAGUUACGCUGAUGCAUACUGA